CUGAGUAACUUUGCACAUUAAAUUUUGUUUUUUUCUUAAAAUAUCUAUCUAUCUAUCUAUAUAUAUAUAUAUAUAUUAUAUUUCAGGCAGUUUCUUUGUAUUCUGGAAAACAGGCCCCUAGUGAACAGAAGAAAUUAGCUAAGGAAAACCCAACACUCUAUUUCCUUCCAUUUUUUUUCCUUUUACUAUAAAGGGAAAUUCUAGAUUUUCGUCUUUUUUACUUUUCAAGUUGCUACUUGCCAUUUCUUUCAACUUCUCUUUUUCCUGUUAUCCUUUUCUCAGUAACCAAACAGACCCCUUGAUGGGGUUUGUUUGGUAGCCAGCUAAGUCUAAAAAUGUUGAGAGCUUUUUUAUCCAUUUACUAGCUAGUACAUGUUUACCUCCUUCUCUAGAUGGAGAGGCUAAUGGUAGUGGAAUUCCAUGUCAUAAUGAAUAUUCUCUGUAAUACCCUUUCAGAUUCACAGGCAAAAAACUUUGGAUCUAUAAGAAGGGAACAAACAAGUUGUGUUUUGAUAGUGGGUUUUGGAUUAUAGAGGCAAUGAGGCAUUUUUCCUCCAUGUUCAAUGGGUUGGCGAGGUCGUUUUCGAUGCGAAGAGGGAAGAAUUCGAGCAAUGGUGAUGGAAGAGAAGCUGCUGAGACAAUGGCAAAAGAUGCAAAGAAACAUGACAUGAUUUUGAGGUCUUCUGGUUUUGUAAAUGUCGAUGGUUCUAACAAUUUGGCCUCAGUUUGUUCCAAGAGAGGCAGGAAAGGAGUGAACCAGGAUUGUGCUAUUGUAUGGGAGGGAUUUGGAUGUCAAGCAGACAUGUUGUUUUGUGGGAUAUUUGAUGGUCAUGGUCCAUGGGGUCAUUUCGUAGCGAAAAAGGUUCGAGAAUCGAUGCCUUCGUCCUUGCUUUGCAAUUGGCAAGAGACUCUAGCUCAGACAUCGCUCGACCCGGAUUUGGAAUCUGAUAAAAAGCAUCAGAGGUUUCAUAUAUGGAAGCAUUCUUAUCUGAAGACUUGUGCUGCUGUCGAUCGCGAGCUCGAACAAUAUCGAAAGAUCGAUUCGUUUUACAGUGGAACAACCGCCUUGACAAUUGUCAGACAGGGAGACAUCAUAUACGUAGCCAAUGUUGGCGAUUCUCGGGCUGUUUUGGCAACGAAUUCCGAUGAUGGAAACUUGGUUCCCGUUCAGCUUACUGUUGAUUUCAAACCAAAUUUACCUCAGGAGAGUGAGCGGAUAAUUCAGUGCCAAGGUCGCGUUUUCUGCAUGCACGAUGAACCAGGGGUACACAGAGUUUGGCUGCCUAAUGAAGAGUCACCAGGACUAGCAAUGUCUAGAGCUUUUGGUGAUUACUGCAUUAAGGACUACGGUCUUAUUUCGGUUCCUGAAGUCACACAGAGACAUAUAACCAACAAAGACCAAUUCGUUGUGCUCGCCACCGAUGGGGUAUGGGAUGUAGUUUCCAAUCAGGAAGCAAUUCAAAUAGUAUCUUCGACACCAGACAAGGCGAAGGCAGCGAAGCGUUUAGUCGAGUUCGCGGCCUGUGCUUGGAAGAAGAAAAGGAAAGGCAUUGCAGUGGAUGAUAUUUCCGCUAUCUGCCUCUUCUUCCACUCAUCUCACCAUGAAGUUAGUCUUGUAACAACUUCAAAAUAGUACGUACUUAAAUAAGCAAAAGAUUGCUGCUCUUAAAGUUUAUUACAACUAUAUAAUAUAUUUAGUUAGGCAGAAA